AUGAAGCCUCUAUCGGUCCUACUGCCCUGUGCAGCACUCGCCCAAUAUGUCGCUGCUCAAGGCGCAUACCUCUUUACCAUCGACCGCUCCAUCACCACCCCAUCGACCGGCAUGAUCGAUUCAGAAAUGGCCAGCGCCAUUAUCGCGAGAAGAAGAGCCCUGACGGCCGAUCGAUACCUGGGCAUCACAGACUCGAUGCUGCUCGAAGAUCUCAAUACCUAUGGAGGAUACCAAGCCCCUUUGUUUGGAGAGAGCCACCCCAAAGAUGCGCCAGGAAAGCUGUUCAUCAGAAUAUCUGGGGUCGAUAUGCAGGUCAACGACUUUAAUAUGGCCAUGCCUGAUCUGUGGAUUUCGGAUCCAACAAAAGACUUGCUCAGCGACUUCAAGGCCGUGACUGACGGGAGUCGUAAGGAGAAGGACGGACUCUGCGAGUAUGAGGUUCCCGCUUCUCGCAAUGCACCCAACAGCAAGGGCGUCGAGGUCGUCUUCACCUAUCCCGCCGAAAAUGGAAGAUGCCUAGCGGCUUCAGAGAUUCCAAAUAUCCCCAUAAUCCUGUCCCUCCACAGUUUCCUGCCCACCAACCCCUCGUCUGUCAAGACCCAAUUGAACUCCCUGGUCCGCAUCCUCAAACACUUCUCCGCCACUGACAACGUCGAAUCCACCCUCCUCCUGCUUCCCUCAACGAACAAAUUGAAGAACCCCAAGAAGAAGAACAAGGCCCACAACCACAAGCACGCCGCUCGCUCCGCACAGGAAUCCGAAGAGGAACGCUUGGACCUCCCGUCCCCAUCCUCCGUCUCUGACUUCGAGACCAUCACACCUGCCGCGAAUACGUCCACGAACUUCACCCUCCCUUCCGUGAUCCCCCAGUGUUUCACCUCGCAAUCCGCGUGCGAGAACACCACAAACUCGUGCUCCGGCCACGGCUCCUGCUACAAGGCCCACAGCAACUGCUUCAAGUGCCGCUGCACAUCCACCCUCGUCCGGAUCAACGAGGACGGAACGAAGAAGACUGUCCAAUGGGGCGGAAACGCGUGCCAAAAGAAAGACAUUUCUGUCCCCUUUGUCAUGUUUGCCUCUUUCGGCGUGGUCAUGACUGCGUUGGUAGCUGGCGCGAUUGGCAUGCUGUACAGUAUGGGAGCUCAGGAAUUGCCCAGUGUAAUUGGAGCUGGUGUCGCGGGGCCGAGAGCUCAGAAGUAG